CGUGACAGAUGCAGAGCUGACCAGAUGGAGUUUCAUUCACUUGCCAGUAUUAUUUAUAUAAGAAUGCUGCAAGCUAAAGGAAAGCUGCCAACUAACUUCGAAGAUGGAUAUGCAUCAUAGAGUUUUUAACGUGUCGGAUGACUCUAAGGAUAAAAACCAUUUCAUGAGUGUGAAGUUGUUAUUUAUUCAAUGGUAGUUGCGGCAAUAAUGAUUUGAAUAAAAUUGAACGAUAAGUAACCGAAUCAGUAUGACUGCUCAAUUUGAAGGUCUUGCCGCUCUUGGAGAAAUGUUUUAGGUCAAAAUGAAGGGAGAUGGUCUUUGUUCCACCAACCUAACACGGAUUAGAAAACUUCUAGAAAACUAAUAAGGAUAUCAAUAACACACGUGUUGUGGAUUCGUUUUGCACAAAUGUAUGUCCUACGAUUGGGAGGCAAUGCAUGCGUAAUUAACACCUGGAGUGUGGUUUAUGAUGCCUUCGUGAAAAAUACUUAGUUUCUGCUCAUUCCAGCCCCCCAACUGAUCAAGUCCGUUGGAAUUGCAACCUAAUCAAAAUGGAUAACAUUACAACUUGCAUUUCGAAUGGUACGGACAACUCGACGAACUGUUCGCAAACUGGACCAUACUUGUUCAGCGGACCUGUUUGGCGAAAUCCUUUUACGAUCUCACAUAUUCGGAUCAUCUUUAUUCUGAUCUACAGUCUUGUGUUCUGUCUCUGCAUAAUAGGAAACCUGCUUGUGAUAUUUGUAGUCCUGAGAAGCCGACGCAUGCGCAGUGUGACUAAUUACCUCUUGGCCAACCUGGCCCUAGCUGAUCUGUUCGUUGGGAUCUUCUGUGUCUUACCAACAUUGUUCCUAUACAUGAACACAGUGUGGGUGUCAGGAAGGAUUAUGUGUAAGCUGAACUUCUUCGUCCAACAAUUCAGUUACUCGGCCUCAGUGUCCCUACUCGUUGUGAUUUCACUCGAACGUUAUAUUGCCAUCACGUGGUGCAUGAAGACUCGCAUACUGAACACGUGGCGCCGCUUAGUGUUGGUCACAGUUGGAGUAUGGGUGGUAUCGUUUAGCUACAACGCAAUGCAGUUAUUUCUUUUCGACGAGGUUGUGUUGAAGAUCGGCGGACCUGAAAGCAUCAUUUUGAGGUAUUGCCGACCGAUAGGUUUCAAAAUAGACCGCAGGGUGUAUACUACUGUGAACUUUUUCCUGUGGUAUGCGAUGCCUUUAAGUCUAGUGACGUUUGUUUAUAUAAAAAUUGGAAUAGUUUUGUGGCGAAGUACGAAAAUUGGAAGCGAAAUGAACAUCACAUCAGGCCGACGGACGACAAGUUUCCGCGAGACUACCAUGACGCAUUCUGCUCUUGGAGGUCGCCGCUCGUCCGCUAUCCUGACUAACGCAGGACAUCCGAUGGUAUUGAUAAACUUGGACGAAAAUAACGGGGAUGCACAUCCUCCAUCGUCGCCAAAUUACACUUCAAAUCAUGAGACGGGUUUUAGUAAAUUUGCAGACGGUAAAGAGGACAGUGUCGCCCUCACACGGCAAAGUGUAAAGCGGCAAAAUAAGUACCAUGACACGGCUCAUGGCGGGGGUCAUCAUCAUGUGGCCGAGGAUAAACCUUCAGUGUCUUUUUCUUCCAAUAGCACGGAAGUCCCCCCAAUUUGUGCCACAACAAUUAGCUGCUUGGACAGGUGGCGCCGCGGUAAGGCAUCGGAGGCCCUCUAUCGCCAGAAGAUACAAACUAUAACAGAAUCAUCGUCAGGGGCGGAGAAUGUUUUGCGUUCUCGGCGGAAAGUGAUUAGGUUGCUGAUCGUCGUCGUCGGUUCAUUCGCAUUAUGCUCUCUACCUUACCACUUUCGCUCCCUUAUGCAGGCCUGGGGCGAAACUGUUCCAGACCUUUUCAACCCAAUCUCCAUGUUUUUAAUGUUUUUCAACAGUGGUUUAAAUCCGAUACUAUAUGCUUUCCUUUCAAUGAAAUUUCGCAGAGCGAUGAAGGAUAUGUGUCCGUGUUCCUGUAGCUUUAGAUAUGUAUGCUCCAGGCAUAGUUAUACGCACUCACAAAGAGACGAAUAUGCAAUGUGAGGAACACCCGCUGUCUAUUAGAUCAGCUCGGUCAUAAGUGCCGAGUGUUGCACUGAAGUUCAGGAUGCUAAGAGAAGGAAUGGAAAGAGUCAUCAGAUGCCCGUGGAUGUACACCGGAAAUUUUCUCACCACGGACCUGCGGCAGUGAAUGUCCAUUAUCAUGAAUGUUGUCUUGCCAAGAAUACACACGACUACAUUUUCACAAACAGAUCAGCCUACUUUCUUAAGAGACUGGAACAAAAACAAAACAAAUAGGCCUAGAACAUUUCGCUAAGACUUGCCGAAGCGUCAUGAAGUAGGUUUUUAUAUCAAGCACCAUUCAUAGUAAGCGUUCUCAGUUAAAAUUGCUCCGUUGAACUGUUUGUCAAAUCCAAAUGAAACCAAGUGCCUUGUGUGACGAAUAUAAGGGACUUUGAUAUUACCGGGAGACUUGAGCUGUCGUUGAUAGCAACUUGCUAUUACAUACUAUUUUACACGAUAGCAGGCAUGUUUUUUACCACAUCUGCCUCAUCUUGGAACGUCUAGUUAUAAAGUCUCCAGACUUUAUUAGUUCGUAACAUUUACUUGCAGAAAACACCCCAUGGAAAUCAAUACGAAAACACACAUCUUUAAUUUUUUUCAGAUUUGUUUAUAUGCGUACAUAUUUUCAAAUAGGCCUUCAUGCUGGCCCUAUAUCGUUGCCGUUGUUCGUUUGUAAUGACCAUAUUGGGAAUAUAGAGUGGCGCCAAAGCUGUCCCCCGGUCUUUGCACUAGCCUGAGCGAAGACACUUUAGUGUAAGUUACUGUAUUUCUGAAACAUUUUGUAAAUACUCUUGAUCUAUCUCCAAUACGCGGUCUCAAAAGUAUAUUGAAAAGUUAUUAAAGUUCUGUAUAUUGAAGUUUUCAUUAAUUCUA